GUUUUUAUUUUUUUAUUUUUUUUGUACUAGUACUAUCCAAGGAAAGAAAGGUACUCUAGUUUUGUUUUUUCUAUUCUCAGGAGAAAGAUUUGGGAAUACUGGAGACUUUUCUACAAACCCAUUUUUGUUUUAUUCUUAUUAUUACUGUUUUGUGUUCACAUUUGUGAUUGGGUUAUAGAAAUGUAAGGAUACCCAAUUGCCCAUAAUUUGUAUCUUCCCUAUUAGUAGCUAAGGAUGGUCUGUUCAUAAUGGGGUUUGAAUAGUUUUAAUGUGCUUCUGAUUUUGGUAUGUAAUUGAGGACAAGUUUUUUUUUUCCUUUUUUUUUUUUGGAUUGGGUUGAGAGAAGAGGAAGGUUAUUUAAGGGUCUUUUGAGGAGGUUGUUCGCGGUAUAGAAAAUGGAGGAAAAUUCAAAGGAAACGAGAUCUUUGGCCUUGACACCAACGUGGUCUGUUGCUACUGUCUUGACAAUCUUUGUUGCCGUUUCUUUGCUUGUGGAGCGCUCCAUCCAUCGUUUAAGCAAUUGGCUGCGGAAGACUAAUCGAAAACCCUUGCUUGAAGCAGUGGAGAAAAUGAAAGAAGAGUUGAUGCUGCUGGGGUUUAUAUCUCUCCUUUUAACGGCCACGUCAAGCAUCAUAGCCAAUAUUUGCAUCCCAUCAAAGUUUUACAAUAGCGCUUUUGCUCCGUGCACAAGGUCUGAGAUUGAUGAGGAAACUGAGGACAAUUCAUCUGAUGAACAACGUAAACUAUUGAUGUCUCCUGUACUUCAUCACUCAUUGAGGAGAAUGUUGAAUGCUUUAAAUCAGAAUACCUGCAAAGAGGGUCAUGAGCCUUUUGUUUCAUCCGAAGGUCUCGAGCAGUUGCACCGCUUCAUCUUUGUUAUGGCAGUAACUCAUGUAUCCUAUAGUUGCUUGACGAUGUUGCUGGCAAUUGUUAAGGUUCACAGUUGGAGGGUAUGGGAGGAUGAGGCUCACAUGGACAGGCACGAUUCUUUAACUGAAAUCACAAGACAUUUGACCAUGCGAAGGCAAUCAACCUUUGUCAAAGUUCAUGUCCACACUUCAACGCCUCCGGUCAGAAACAGUCUUCUCAUCUGGGUGACCUGUUUCUUCCGCCAGUUUGGGCAUUCAGUGGUUCGUGCUGAUUACUUAACAUUGCGCAAGGGCUUCAUCAUGAAUCAUAACCUCACACUAAAAUAUGAUUUCCACAGCUAUAUGAUUCGUUCCAUGGAAGAAGAAUUCCAAAGGAUAGUUGGUGUGAGUGGUCCAUUAUGGGGAUUUGUUGUUGCUUUCAUGCUGUUUAACAUAAAAGGGUCUAAUCUCUAUUUCUGGAUUGCAAUCAUUCCCAUUACUCUAGUUCUUCUGAUAGGUGUGAAGCUGCAGCAUAUUAUCGCGACCCUGGCAUUAGAGAAUGCUGGUAUUACAGGAUUUCAUGAAGGACCAAAGCUGAGGCCGCGGGAUGAUCUUUUCUGGUUUAAGAAGCCAGAACUUUUGUUGUCCUUGAUUCACUUUAUUCUAUUCCAGAACGCAUUUGAACUAGCUUCAUUCUUUUGGUUUUGGUGGCAAUUUGGUUACAAUUCUUGCUUCAUUCGGAAUCAUUUUCUUGUCUAUUUAAGGCUCAUUUUGGGGUUUGCUGGGCAAUUUCUUUGCAGCUAUAGUACUUUGCCGCUUUAUGCAUUGGUAACUCAGAUGGGAACAAAUUAUAAGGCAGCCCUCAUACCACAGAGAAUAAGGGAAACCAUUCACGGGUGGAAAAUGGCAGCUAGGAGGAAAAGAAGGCUCGGCAUGUUCACAGACGAUUCGACCAUUCACACCGAUGCAAGCACAGUGAUCUCCGUUGAGGAAGACGAUCAUCUGUUUAUCAGUAACCAAGAAACCGAAGCAAAUGCACAUACUGAAAUAGAAUUGCAACAAGCUUCUCCUGAUAUUGCAGACACUGCUGCUGUUGCUAAUGAAACAUCAAGUAGGAUCGGUACACCCCUUCUUCGGCCAUGUACUUCGGUGCCUUCAUCAGUUACACUAGAUUUUCACAAAGACAGUACUCUGAGGUCUUUUUCAAUGCCGGCCAGAAGAGAAUGACGUAUUUGACAAGUAAUGAGGAUGAUGACGAAGAAAAUCAAGACGGUAAAGUGCAUAGGUUGAUGAACUUGGAAGCAGAUAUCCGGAUACAGAAGGUACUAGAAAAGGAAAUUGUAUUUAGGUUUGGCUUUUUUUGUGUAAGCAACUCGGAACUUGUUUCCUUUUCUUCUACUUUCUAAUAUUUGCAUGAAUGAUACAAAUGAAUAGAAUACUAGUGAUAUGUAAGUUGUAACAUAAUUUGCCAUAAGUGAGUGUCAGUAACUAUGAAUUUAUAUGUAACAGGAACACAAGAUAUCGGAAAACAUCAAAGCAUACUGGUGAAGAUAUGAAAUUUAAUUAGCUUUUCCCAUAUUUUGUCACAAA